AUGGGUUGGAUCGGAGAAACAGUGGAUUCCAUCAAAUCUAUCAAGAUCCGUCAGCUUCUUAUUCAAGCCGUCACGCUCGGUAUGAUCGUGACGUCUGCAUUGAUAAUAUGGAAGGGAUUGAUGUGUGUGACUGGCACUGAAUCUCCUGUAGUUGUUGUUCUCUCUGGUAGCAUGGAACCUGGCUUUCAGAGAGGGGAUAUAUUGUUCUUGACUAUGACCAAGGACCCCAUUAGAACAGGCGAGAUUGUUGUUUUCAAUAUUGAUGUAAGUGGAGCUUUUAUUAAGAUGUUGAUAUCACAUUUACAGGUUCAUGAGAGGAAAACUACUGGUGAAAUUGAUGUUCUAACAAAAGGUGACAACAAUGAGGUGGAUGACAUCGGUCUUUAUGCUGAUGGGCAAAUGUGGCUUAAUCGCCACCAUAUUAUGGGCAGAGCUGUUGGGUUCUUGCCUUAUGUUGGAUGGGUAACUAUUAUCAUGUCAGAAAAGCCUAUCAUCAAGUAUAUACUCAUUGGUGCAUUGGGGUUGCUUGUCAUAACAUCCAAAGACUGA